GUACGUUCGUUUGAAACCCACGUGCAGAUUGUUGAGCCAAUCUUAUCAAAUGCCGCAUUAAACAAAUGGAUUCGCUAAAUAACGGAUGGUUCAGCGAGCUUCAGGCUGAUCUGUGGCCUGGCCAGUCCUUCUCCCUGAAGGUCAAGGAGGUAAUCCACAAGGAAAAGUCCAAGUUCCAGGACAUCCAGAUUGUUGAAACCGAAACCUAUGGACGAUGCUUGAUUUUGGAUGGAAUCAUCCAGUGCACGGCCAGGGACGAGUUCUCUUACCAGGAAAUGAUAUCCUUCCUGCCGCUCUGCGCCCAUCCCAAUCCCAAGAAGGUGCUCAUCGUGGGCGGCGGUGAUGGCGGCGUAGCUCGCGAAGUGGUGAAGCAUCCGUUGGUCGAGGAAGUGCAUCAGGUGGAAAUCGACGACCGCGUAGUCGAGCUGUCCAAGCAAUAUCUACCGGAAAUGGCCUGCGGAUUCGAGAACAAGAAAUUAAAGCUCACUAUCGGCGACGGCUUUGACUACAUGAAGAAGCACAAAAACGAAUUUGAUGUUAUCAUCACCGACAGCUCGGAUCCAAUCGGUCCGGCCGUGAGCUUGUUCCAGGAGAGCUACUACGAGCUCAUGAAGCACGCCCUGAAAGACGAUGGCAUUGUGUGCUCCCAGGGCGGUAGCUUCUGGCUGGACCUGGACUACAUCAAGAAGACAAUGAAGGGCUGCAAGGAGCAUUUCGCCAAAGUGGCCUAUGCCGUCACCUCCGUUCCAUCCUAUCCAUGCGGCCACAUUGGCUUCGUCAUGGGAUCUCUGAACAAAAAUCAGGAAUUUGCCACUCCCAAACUUGGAAAGUCUGAAAUCGAUGCCAUAGACCUGAAGUACUAUUCUUCUGAGGUCCAUACGGCUGCCUUUGCCCUGCCGCGCUGGGUGCAAAAGCAUUUUUACGAAUGACCAAGUUGUCAAAAAAUGUAUCUGUUUGUUAAAAAUAAAUAUGACAAUAAUACAAA